AUGUAUCGUGGAUCACCCACGAAACUUCACGACCAUGUAUCACGGCUUCUGGCGGGUGGCAUUUACAAAGUCCCACCAAUUUGGUUUCCGGUUAUGAAGACAGUUCCACCUGGUUCAAGUGUCCUUCGUUCCCCACUUCAAUUUCGCAAACGACCACAAAAGAUUGUGUAUGAAGAAGAUUCCUUACGACGAAGAUUCUAUAGAGAUCAUCCUUAUGAAUUAUUGCGACCUCAAAGCUUAAUCGAAAAAGAGAUACCUGUUAGAGAAGACUGGAGCACCUUAUUGGGCGGUAGGCACCCUACCCAAAUUAGCGGUGAGAGCGUGAUAAAAUAUCAACUUUAUCUCAUGUCGACCGGAAUGUCAAAAAGUAAGGCAUAUGCUCAGGCAUGUAAUGAAUUUUAUGCAAUUCGUGCGAGACAGGAAGUAGUUGAGCGUGUUGCUGAAGAGCAAGCGUUAGCAUUUGGUGCCAAACGACCUUUGUCUCAAACUGAGAGG